AUGGAGAGCCUGGCUCUGUGUUACAGGGCAGGGCAGUGCCAGGAAUCGGUGACUAAGUGCUGCGGCCCAGUCGCUGUCUACUGUGGGAGCAUUCCCGAAUUCGAACCCAGAUACACAGCUCUGCAAGAUGGAAGCGUUGCUUCAAACUUGCAGUUUUGUGGCAGCAGUUGGACCACUGAAGAAGAAGCUUCUUUUCAGUCCAUAUUAACAACCCAGAUGAAGAAGCAACUGAGUUUCUGGGAUGGAGUUGUGAAAUCUCCGUGCUCAAGGGCCAGCUCUUCCCUGGAUGGCUGGGCCAGUCAAGAUAGCGUGCACGACUUCAGUGCUGGGGAUGGAGGUGAUCUCUUCCACCUUUUUCACCAAGACUUGACUUGGGACUCCCAAGAGAGGGAGGUGAGCAGAGCCGCCCUGGAAACCAUUCGGAUAGAGAACAAGCUGAAGAUGAGGAGGAUGUCUGACAGUCUGUUAGCCUCGCAGAGAGGCCUGACUGACUGCAGUGACCCUAAGAGGGUUACUCUGAAGCCAUUAAUUUCCCGGUCAGCUUCCCAGAGGCUCCCAGUAAUCUUCAAGCCUAUGUCUCGCAUCCAGAAUGGCCUUCCUUCCUCACAGCCCAGGAGGAUGAACAACGGAGAGCAGGAGCAUGAGGAAGAUGGCACAGGCUGUGAUGAGAUUGAUGGGAAUAACAAGGAGCUGAAGUCAGAGGGAAAAGAAUAUAAAGCUUCCCUACAGCCCUUGUGUUGCAGUGAUGAGGAUGGCAAGAAGUCACUGGGUGUAUCUUUGAUCCCCCCUAUACCGAAGUCAGCGAGACCAUCUGAUGGGGUUCCGGGCAGUGCUGCAGCGCCUCUCCCAAGCUCUCAGCAGCUGGUUUUCCAAGAGGCCCUGAGGAUGAGGCCAAGAUCGGGCAGCGGAAGUGAAAAGAAGACGCCUGAAUGUCUAGAGCUCCGGACUCCAGAACCUCUUUCUCCUGCUCUCCAGCAUUGCGUUGGUGGCGUGAAGCCUGCUGGACAUUUGUGUGAACCUUUGCCCCCAUUAACACACCUCCCACUCAUCCAGGCCAAGGAGACUGAUCAACUUGUGAGAUCUCACCUUCUGAGUGAUGAUGACUCGAAGGACAGCAAUGGAAGGAUCUGUGUUACCUUGUCCAAGUCAGCUCAGAAGAAAAUACAGCAGAAGCGAAUGAGAGAGAUGGAGCUUUUGCAUAGAGAGAGGGAGAAAGAGAGAGAAAAGGAAAAAUCCUUGCAGUUUCCUACACUGAGUGUGGACCCUGAGGAUGCAGCUGAAGAAAGCUCUGGCCUACCACCUGUCAAUGGGAGAGCUUCCAUUGCCCCCAGCAUGAGAAAUGCAUACAGACAGAGCUCUGGUAUCACCAUGGGGAAGCGGGUCAACAGGCCCUCACUGCCCAGCAUCCCCGCCGUCAGACAGGGUGGCAGCUUCCCACGCAGAUCCUCAGCUAACUCACUGCCAGCCAUGGCUCUGGACAUCGUGGAGUCGGGAAAUGAUCCAGAGUGCGAGGCGGCUCAGGAAGCCAGGCCCUUCCCUUACACAGAGCAGGGACUGAUCGAGGCACUUGCAUGGCUGAGCGGCGAUGACUGGCGGCAGAAGGCCAGGGCACUCUUCAGCAUCAGACACAUGGCUGUCUGCCAGCCAGAAGUCCUUCUUUCUAGACUUCAUGAUGUUUCCUUGGCUGUUAACAAAGAGGUGAACAACCUCCGCUCAAGGGUGUGUCGCUGUGCAAUCGUCACUCUUGGAGAGCUCUUCAGGACCAUGAAGAAGCACAUGGACCAUGAGGUGGAUGAGGUUGCCCGUGUCUUGCUCCAAAGGGUGGGGGACACCAGCGAGUUCAUUCAGAAAGCAGCCGAUGAAUCCCUGGGAGUCAUGGUGGGGAGCGUGACUCCUGCACGAGCAAUGACCGCUCUCAUGGCUAGCGGAGUCCAGCACCGCAAUGUCCUGGUGCGGAAGUGUGCAGCCAAACACCUCCUGACUGUGAUGGAGCGAAUUGGAGCUGAGAAGCUGCUGUCAGGCACACCUUCCAGUAUUGAGCUGCUGGUGCGCACGCUGGUAAAGCUUGCUCAGGACUGUCAUCAGGACACAAGGUGUUGUGGACGGAAGAUGCUGAGUAUAUUGAUGAGUCAUAAAAACUUUCAUAAGCAUUUGAAACAGUUUGUCCCCUCACGUGACUUGGAGGAUGUUAUGGCAAAAAUUAAGCAGAAAGAGGAAGAAGACCGUAAAUGUGGACCUCCACCUGCUAAGGACCCCAGGAAGUAUAGGAACUUGAGGAUGCAUCGGAACAACUUACCUCAUGAUGAAGGUUUGAGGUCUGGCUCUGACUUACCCCGUCAGAGAGUCCGUUGCACGUCACUUCGGACUGUGGAAGAGAAUGAACAGCUCAUGGAGCUUGACAAGCUCCUGAGAUCCACGGAUUUUCGGACACGAAUUGAGGGAACGAUGCUCCUCCUAGAUCACUGCAAAAGCAGCCCCCAGCUCAUCUCCACUAACAUUGUCCAGAUUUUUGAUAUUUUUAUGCUGAGACUUCAAGAUUACAACAAGAAAGUGAGACAGAAGGCACUGGAGGUGCUGGCUUUGAUGAUAUCCAUGCUCAGAGGUGCCUUAAACCCAGUGCUGAUCUCUGUGGUAGCAGCAGUCACUGACAACUUGAACUCAAAGAACUCGGGGAUUCAUGCUGCAGCUAUGAAGGUGCUGGAAGCAUCCACUGCUCACCUAGAUAACACAUUGCUGCUGCAAAACUUGUCCCAACGAGUGAAUUUCCUCAGCGGCCAAGCUAUGCUGGUUGUCGCAGAACAACUUUCAGUGCUCGUGCCAUCUGUUUAUCCCCGUAAACCCCACACCGUCAAGCGCUACGUCCUGCCCGUGCUCUGGUUCUUCCUGGGAAACAACAUCCUGCCUGUCCGAAGCAGCAACGUGAAGGCUGUGGUUGCCAAGCUUGCAAAGAGCCUCUACCAAGUGAUGGGCCUCAGGCUGAAGGAGCAUGCCGCCACCCAGUCUCGGCAAGUGGUGAAAAACCUCUGCGACAUUUUGGACCUCACUGUCGAGUGA